AUGAAAACGAAGGCACUUCUACUGAAGAAGAACAGUCUGAUAGCCGAGAUGAUGGAGACGCUGCAGAAGACGUCUCUACAAACGGCUGCUGUGGAGUGUGAUGUUUGCACUACAGAGAAGAACAGAGCUGUAAAGUCCUGUCUGCAGUGCUUGGCCUCCUUCUGUCAAACUCACCUGCAGCUUCACUAUCAAUCUCCUGCGUUUAUGAAGCACAGACUAGUGGAAGCCUCCAGACACAUUCUGGAGAACAUCUGCCUCAGUCAUAAAAAACCUCUGGAGAUUUACUGUCAGGAUGACCAUCAAUACAUUUGUUGUUUGUGUAUGAUUGACAGUCAUAAAAACCACAAUAUGGUAUCUGUGGAUUCAAAAUGGACUAGUAAAAAGAAAGAGUUAGAGGAGAUACACGUGGCAUGGUGGAAGCUGAUCCAGGAGCGAGAGAUAGGUCAGAAGAAAAUCAGUGAAGCUGUGAAAUCUUUUAAAAGUUCAGCACAAGAGGCCGUGGAGAACAUUGAGAAGGUCUUCACUGAGCUCAUCUGCUCUCUGGAGAAGAAACGCUCUGAGAUUAAAGAACAGAUCAGAGCUCAGGAGAAGACUGAGAUAGAUCGAGCAGAGAAACUUCACAAACAUCUGGAUCAAGAGCUGACUGAACUCAGAAGAAGACAAACAGAGAUUGAGAAACUUCUGAUUACUGAUGAUCAGAUCCAUUGUCUGAAGAGCUGUCAGUCUGUGUGUGUUUUACCAACAUUUGAAGACAUUCCCAGCUUCACUCAACACACUCAUCUGUCUUUUAAAGACAUUUCAAUCUCAGCAUUCAGAGAGGUUUUGGAGGACGUCUGUCAACAGCAAACAGCCAGAAUAUCACGAGAAGUGUCAAAUGUCCAUGUUGCAAAUCCUCCAGAACCAAAGACCCAUGAUGAUUUUUUGCAGUAUUUCUGUCAACUUCACUUGGAUCCAAACACUGCACACAAAACCCUCAAACUGUCAGAAGACAACAGUAAAGCAUCAUGUUCAGAUGGAGUUCAGAAAUAUCCUGAUCACCCAGAGCGAUUUGAUAUGUUUCCCUACAUCAUGUGUAGAGAGGGUUUGUACGGCCGCUGUUACUGGGAGGUUGAGUGCAGUGGGAACAACUGGGCUGUAGCAGUUUGUUACAAAGGAAUUGGUCGUAAAGGAAACAGUGAUGACUGUAAACUUGGCUUGAACAAAAUAUCCUGGAGAUUGGGCUUUUAUCUACAGAAUUUCUGUUUCAUGCAUGGUAAAAAACAGGUCCGUAUCCCUCCUGUCUCUAGAAUAGGAGUGUAUCUGGAUCACAGAGCAGGAACUCUGUGCUUCUACAGGAUCUCUGACACAAUGACUCUACUACACAGAGUCCAGACCACAUUCACUGAACCACUCUACCCUGCUAUUUUUGCUGCGUUGGGUUCAUCUGUCAGGAUCAUAGAGCAGAGGAGGUUAGAAAUAUAAAAGGCCAAAUAUAAAAACAGAAUUUAUGACAAGUUAUACCAAAUCAUCUCAACACAUUUAUUGAAUGGUUUUGUUCUCAUUAAUCUUGACUUAAUGAUCUGAAAAUCAACAUUGUAUGAUUUAUUCCAUCUCAUCAGUUUUGAGGUUAAAUUGUCUUCCAUUAUGAUAACGACCUGUAGAUUUAUUUUAUUUUAGAUAUUAAUUUUAAUAUGGGAUUUGUAGUGGGAAGCAUUAUUAUUUUUUUUACAUGAAUUGACUGGCCAGCAAUGAGACAGAACGGGGUUUUUUCUUUUUCUUUUUUCUGGAAAGACAUUUUGUCAGCUGAACAAUCGUUAUGUUGUUAAACAAAAAUUGGACUCUCUGUACAAUAUUUCUAUCCGUACCAGCCUCGUUUUAAUUUCUGUCAAAAAAUUACAUAUUUUACCAUGACUAAGGUCUAAUGACAUUCUUUGAGACAGUCUGGGUAUGAGUUCCAAGCGAUCUGUAAAACAAUGUUUUUGUUUUACUGAUGUGGCUAAUAUUCCUAUGGAAGCCUGUUACUACCACAAAAUAAAAUAAAUAAAUAGUAAUUUCUUUCUUGCAAUUCUGAGUUUGUAACUCGCAUUUAUGACUUUUUUUCUCUGAAUUCUAAAUGUUACAUCUUGCAAUUCUGUUUUUUUCUUUCUCUCUCUGCCAUGGAGUAUAAAAUAAAAAAGGUAAUUGCAACUUUUUUUCUUGCAAUUGUGAGUUUAUAUCACAGAAUUCCAACUUUCUUUCUUAGAAUGGUGAGAGUCAGAAUUGCAAGAUAAAUAUGAGAAAUUUUUUCAUAUAGGCCUAUUCAUGCCCUUUGUUUCUAGUAUUUCCUCGGCAUCUAUAUAAUAGGGGAGAUUGUUUGGUAGACCUACUGAGUGCUGAGAUUUGGUAGCUGUGGAUUACUGCAGUUGCGCAUUGGUUAAAGUAUGUGUUAGUUUUUUUGUUUUAUAAUAUUACAAUGUUGGUUGUGUGGCUAGCAAUUAAUGUGUUGGUUUUUUUUCAAGGGGGCAGAAUCCACUAUUUCUUAUUGAGUUUUUAAGUUUUCUUUUGUUUGGUUUAUCUUUGUUAGUGAGGUAUAGGUCCUGUACUGAACUGCAUUUAAUACUGUUUGCAUUGUAUGUUUGUUUUGGGGUUUUUUUGCGUGGUAUUGCUGUUUGUGUGUUACAUUGUGGCUUUGUACAGGACCGGUGAUUCUUGUGGUGCGCCUCUGGCUGUUUGUAUGAGAGAGUUUGCACUGUAAUGGUAAUUAAGAGCAUUUGCCUCAUUGUUUGAGGUACUUGCUGUUGGUUUUCUGUUUUCUUCUCUUUCUCUGUCCUCUACGGGUGGCAAAACGAAGCAGUGUGUGAGCAGGCCUGACCUUUCUUACUUGUUGAAGAAAGCAUUCCCCUCCUCUUAGGAAUUCUAUAGAUAAUACAGAUGUAUUAAUUGAUGUUUUAAUAUGAGAAGAUCUGUGUUAGGAUAAUAAACUUUUUGUGUUGAUGUUUGUUACAACUCUUGAGCUGAUUCUUUCAGCUUUGCUGUGCUUAAAAUCCUUUGGUGUUCGCAGACAAAAGUGACCAGCCUUAAAAAUUGCUUGUAAAUCUCUUAUUAUGCUGUAUUAUCACCAAUUCUUUCAUUCAAACUUUAUUGUCAUCUUCUCCAUACUAGUAAGGUUUUAAAGGUGACGAAGGCUAUGUUGUUUUUA